AUGGGACAUCCACUAGUCGUGUCAACGGAAACGGAAGAAGUUGGGAUUAUGGAUGUCGACUUCCCACAGGUCACAGUUAGUCACCCUGGUGGCUUGAAACUCACGUCCAUAUCAAGAGCAAUAACAAAUUAUAAAACAGCCGUAGCCCUUGACAGUGUGACAGACGAGGAUGGACUUUUAUGGAGCGUGAAGGAUACCCGCAGGCUUCUGCAAAUUAUAGAUCAAGUUUGUUCCUGGAAAACGACUUAUGCGGGACUGAACAACGUCAGAAAUGAAGAAAAUGGUAAUACUGGCAUAUUCGUAAAUCGAGAUAGCUAUAAUCUCACUGAUGAGCCAUCAUCCAACGCAAUGACCGACAAAAUUAUUCCGUUCCUUAAGAAGGCAACAUAUGAUUGCUCCAACGCAAUCGCCGGAUGUUUUCUUAAUGAAAUACUAGUCCCUUGCGGAUUAUUGUUCAAGAAACGCUUCUCCGAGUGGGGCAGCACAUGCAUGUUCAAUGGAAUUCCAGGGUUAGUCACCAGACGAUUCCAAACCAUUCAGACGGUCGUGAGUGAAGGGGAAUAUACCAACGACGAGCUAGAAGCAUGGAGGAAGGCCAAAUUAGACCAAGAUAUCGGACAAGAGCAACUUAAACCAAAUGGUUCAAUUCGUACUCCCUGGCGACAAACAUCUCCAGGAAAAAUGUCAGGUUUAUCGUUUAUCAUAAAAGACGAGUUACUGGAUAAAGCCUGUGUCCAUAGCGAGGGGACAGGAUUCAUGCUCACCGUUGCUCAUCCGUCUAAUGAACCCAAAAUUAAGCGUUUCGGAAAAUCCAUGCCCUUCGGACACGAAGUUUUCGUUUCAGUCAAGCCAAUCAUAUUAUUGGCGGAUGGCGGAAUUGGUGAUAUAGAAGUGGAUCAACGAAAGUGUUUUUUUAGUGACGACAAGGGCGGUGCCAGGUUGAAGUUUUAUGAGAAGUACACGCAGCAAAACUGUUUCCAGGAAUGUAUUUCUGAUGCAGUCGACGCAAAGUGUAAUUGUACUGGAUUUCUAGCUCCUGCUACAAUAGGUGAACCUGGACGAGCCUUGUGCGAUACCUGGGGAUCGAUAGGGUGCGCUGCGGGAAAAGAAAAGGAGAUGUAUGACCACGGCAUUCAAGCAUCUUGUAAGAAAUGCCUACCUAAUUGCAGACAAACCAAGUACACCACGUCCGUAACUUCUAGUCCAUUAACCCAGAAACACAUGGAGUGGUACAGGAACGAAUAUAAGCAGCAAUUGAUGUAA